AUGGAUGAAGAAAAACAAAGAAGACAAAAGCCCAUUCAUCUUGCUACCUUGGAGAAUGGUGUGGAGAACCUGGGAAUAGAAUUCAUGGAGGAAAUCCAGGACCCUAGUGAACAUGUGUGGGAUGAAGAGCGGGGCACUGGUGUGAAUGCUGGGACCAGGCUCCCCCCAUUCUGGAGGAGAAGAUUGCAGCCUGCUUUGAAAGCCAAAAAGUUUUGCAGACGCCAUGCUGAAUUGUUUCGAUGGAUCCUCUUGGGCCUAGUGUGUACAGCCUAUGCUGCCUUCCUGCUGACAGCCUGUAUCCUGGAUUUCCAGAGAGCUCUGGCUUUGUUCAUCCUCACAUGUGUAGUCCUUUUCUUUAUGGCCCACAACCUGUUUAAGAAACUUUGGGGAAAGAAGCUGUUAAGAUUUCUGAAGCCCCUCAAUAAUCCAACCUUGAAAUUCUGGCUAAAACGGUGCCUAAUAGCAGCUGCUUUGGUGGGCCUGGUAUUGUGGCUGGCUCUGGACACCUCCCAACGGCCGGAGCAGCUGGUAUCCUUUGCUGGCAUCUGCAUGUUCAUCUUCCUCCUCUUUGCCUGCUCUAAACAUCACCUUUCAGUGUCCUGGAGAGCGGUAUUGUGGGGUCUUGGUCUGCAGUUUGUGCUCGGCAUCUUUGUUAUCAGAACGGAUCCUGGAUUUAGAGCAUUCCAGUGGCUGGGUGACCAGAUCCAGAUUUUCCUGGACUAUACGACGGUUGGUUCCAGUUUCGUCUUUGGGGAGGCGCUGGUCAAGGACGUCUUUGCCUUUCAGGUAUUACCAAUCAUCAUCUUCUUUAGCUGUGUGAUGUCUAUUCUUUACUAUCUGGGUCUUAUGCAGUGGCUGAUCCUGAAGAUCUCCUGGUUGAUGCAGGUCACCAUGGGAACCACAGCCACAGAGACCCUAAGCGUAGCAGGAAACAUCUUUGUGAGCCAAACAGAGUCUCCUCUAUUGAUCCGGCCAUACCUCGAGGAUAUGACACUCUCUGAAAUUCACGUUGUUAUGACCGGAGGUUAUGCCACCAUCGCGGGCAGCUUGUUGGGAGCCUACAUUUCUUUUGGGAUCUUAUGGACAGGUGGCUGGGAGCAGAGAGGCAGAGAUAGAAAACUCUUGGUGGGGCAGGCAGUCAUCAUUGGCUACUUGCUGCUGGAUCCUACUGGCCUUACAAUCGAGCCUUUACAACCUGAAGUGGGAACGGUGUUGACAGAACUGGACAUCUCUUGA